AACUUGAGACUUAUGUUGUUCUCUUUGAAUUCUCAAGUCAUGUUAAGUCUUAACUUAUCACGUCUCACACCAGUCGAGUCCAAAUCAAGUCAAGCCUGAAGUUAUUUUUGUGGUGUAAAUUUGUUUCUCUGUCCAUCAACCUACAGCUUGGUAUUUACCACUUCACUCUGGUUCAGAUAGAUUUACAUUUGAUACUCUUGGAAUUAGCAAUUUGAAGACAUCAAGCUAAAUUCUGGUAAUUGGCAUUUUCUGCAAUAUUCUGACACAUUCAAUUGAUUUAUUGGGGGGGGGGAAACAGCCUACAGUGAUGCAAAUAAUCCGUAGUUGCAGCCUUGCUCCAUACAUGGGACAGCUAACAAAAAGAAAGGGGCCACCCUCCCCACUUGAUAUUUAUGACCUAUGGCGCGUGUGUGUGUGUGUGUGUGUGUGUGAGAGAGAGUGUGUGAAAUGUAGCUAUGCCCCUCCUUAUAAAUCAGCAGACAAACAGCUCAGUGUAAGGAGUGCACGCCUACCGCCUGCUCAGAUUGCGUAUUUAUUAUUCGGGUUGCCAUUAUAUAUUGUACCGUAGAAUCAUCACAAUUCAGUCUCCUUUCUGCUGCUGGCACUUUAUAUCCUGUAAAAAGUAAUUAGCAGGAAGUAAACUGCACUUCACUGUUUUAACCCAAUGCAGAGAUUUUUACUUAAUGUCCGUCAGCUAAUAUAACCACUUAUCUCACUGCUUAAUGGAAUCCGGUUGUGCCACAUAACAGGGGAACUAUGCGAAUGCAACACGAGGGUAACGAUAGAAGAGAUAUAGAUAAAUAUGGGUAGAAACGAGUGUAAAAUCCGUUCAGAGUGGAUGAGGAAACACUCGGUCUGUCACCCAGAAAAAACAUUCCGGAAUGAAGGAGGGGUCAGCGGGCCACAGUGCAGCACCGCCCCGGACUGGGUGGGUGAACUUUGUCACAAAUUUCGCUGAGCCGCAUAACACUCGCCUCCUCAGGGACGGAUGCCAGAUCCGAAGUGAGCGCUGCAAACAUGUACAUCUGGUUCACCGUCCUAGCCGGACUGGCUAUUCUGUCCUGCUCAUUCCUCAGGACAUGUUUCCCUCACUUAGGCGAGGACUUCACGUACAUCCUGGCGAGCGUAAAGCUCGGCUUCAGGCUCGUCAAAUACAAGACAUGCAAACCUUUUUACAGCGUCUUGGACUGCUUCUUGGAUGCAGUGAAGAGGCAUCCAAGUAAGAUCUUUCUGCACUUCGAAGGACGAGAAUAUACUUAUGGAGAGAUGGAUAAACAGAGCAACAAGGUGGCCAGGGCUCUGCAGGCUGAAGCCCGGCUGAAGGAGGGGGACGCGGUCGCCUUGUUUCUGGCCAACGAGCCCAGUUUCGUGUGGACUUGGCUCGGUUUGGCCAAGCUGGGUUGUCCGGCUGCUCUGCUCAACUUUAACAUCAGAUCCAAGUCUCUGCUGCACUGUUUCUCCUGCUGCGGGGCCAAAGUGAUCAUCGCCUCUCAAGAGCUGCAGGACGCUUUGGAGGACGUUUUACCGACGCUGAGAGAGCAAGGUAUCAGUGUGUACCUCAUGUCAGAGACCUGCAGCAUCCAGGGCAUCAACACUUUGUCUGACAAGAUCUCCCUGGCCUCCGAUCAGCCGCUGUCCCGGGACCUCAGAGCCAACGUCAACAUCAGGAGCACCGCUUUGUACAUCUACACAUCGGGCACCACAGGUUUGCCUAAAGCAGCCGUUGUCACCCAUGAGAGGGUUUGGGCCGCCUCCUUCCUCCAGGCGGUAUGUGGAGUCACAUCAGAGGACAUCUUCUACAUCAAUCUGCCUCUCUAUCACAGCGCAGGCUUCCUCAUCGGGAUGAUCGGAGGCAUGGAGAGAGGUCUAACCAUUGUGCUGAGGAGAAAGUUCUCUGCCUCUCAGUUCUGGGACGACUGCAGGAAGUAUAAUGUGACAGUGAUGCAGUACAUCGGUGAAACGAUGCGCUACCUCUGCAACUCGCCCAGGAAAGACAACGAGAAGAACCACAGGGUGAGGAUCGCCAUCGGCAAUGGAGUGCGAACAGACAUUUGGACUGAGUUUCUGAAUCGCUUCGGUGACAUUAAAGUCAGAGAGUUGUACGCUGCCACAGAGGGAAACAUCGGCUUCAUCAAUUACACGUCCAAAAUCGGUGCAGUUGGGCGGGUCAAUUUUGUGCACAGGUUUUUCUUCCCGUACACUUUGAUCAAGUUUGACACCGAGAAGGAAGAGCCUGUCAGGAACUCUGAGGGUCUGUGCAUCGAGGCAGCCACAGGUGAGACGGGACUUUUGGUUGGAAGGGUUACUCUGAGGUCGCCCUUUGCCGGGUACGCUGGCAACCAGCAACAGACGGAGAAGAAGAGACUUCGUGACGUGAUGAAGAAAGGCGACCUGUACUUCAACACUGGGGAUUUACUUCGGUUUGAUCACAACAAGUUUGUGUACUUUCAGGAUCGAGUUGGAGACACUUUCAGAUGGAAAGGAGAAAACGUUGCCACAUCGGAGGUUGCAGACAUUCUCUCAGUAGCUAACAGUAUUUUUGAGGCAAAUGUCUACGGCGUUAAAGUUGAAGGUCACGAGGGUCGGAUCGGCAUGGCAGCGGUCACUCUGAAAGAAGGAGACGAUUUUGACUGUUUGCACACCUACAAGCAGGUCGUGACCUACCUCCCAGCGUACGCAAGACCUCGAUUCAUCAGGAUUCAGCCCUACCUGGAGAUGACGGGGACGUUCAAGAUGAAGAAAGUGAAGUUGGUGGAGGAGGGAUUCAAUCCAGCUCACAUCGAAGAUCCUUUAUACUUUUUAGAUCUUGAGAAAAAGACAUAUGUUCCCCUGACUGAAGACAUCUACAGAGCAAUCGCUCGUCGAGAUAUAAAACUCUAACACAGAAACUUUGAAGUAGCAAUUAUUGAACCAGAUAACACCUCAUUCUAGGUAAUGUUUAUCAGGCAACUAAUCUCAGGGACAGACUCUGACACAUUGCAUAAUGUUUUAACCCCUUAUCUUUUUGUCCUUGAGGGUCAAUUGGACCCCCAUAAAAUGAUUGCAAUUCAACCUAUUACCCAACUUGUGUCGGGUAGUUUGUGAUAAAACAUGACCCCAGAAUCUUCUGCUGGUGUUUGAGAGGCGACAGGAAGGGGCAACCUCAAGGGUCUUAUUCUCAUCGGAGGAGAAAUCCUCAUAAUCAGGGUCCUUCUCAACAUUCUCCUCAAAGUCACUGUCUGAGAGCUGUGGCUAAACCUCACUGGCACAAAAUGGGACAUAUCAGGGUUUCUCACACUACGACAUGUAUGUGAUAUGGCAGGCUAGGCCCCUAAAGAUUGAAACAUUGCAUAGUGACCUCAAAAUCUGUUUUUAUACAGCUGGGGAACACUCAUCAUUUUGAGACUUUAAACAUUGAAAUUGACCCCAAAGAUAAUAGGAGGGUUAAAAGACUACUUUAUUUUAAUAACACAAUUUCCGUGCAUCUCUGCAGUUUUUGUAAAUGUAUUCUUUAAUGCUGACAGUAUUUGAUAUACAGGUAUGUCUUACUGCCACUGUUGUAGUUUUAAUAAUUAAACUCUGGUUGUCUUUUUUC